GCGCGGCCUCCGCCCCCAGCGGCCGCCCGGGGUCGUUGCGGCGCCGCGGGGCCGCCUGGACAUGGCUUCGGCGGGAGGCGGCGACUGCGAGGGCGCCGGGCCCGAGGCGGAGCGGCCCCAGCCGCGGCCCUUCCUGAUCGGGGUGAGCGGCGGCACGGCGAGCGGCAAGUCCACGGUGUGCGAGAAGAUCAUGGAGCUGCUGGGCCAGAACGAGGUGGACCACCGGCAGCGCAAGCUGGUCAUCCUGAGCCAGGACCGCUUCUACAAGGCGCUGACGGCCGAGCAGAAGGCCAAGGCGCUCAAGGGCCAGUACAACUUCGACCACCCGGAUGCUUUUGAUAACGACUUGAUGCACAAGACCCUGAAGAACAUCGUGGAGGGCAAAACCGUGGAGGUCCCCACCUACGACUUUGUGACCCACUCGAGGUUGCCAGAGACCACGGUGGUGUACCCGGCGGACGUGGUUCUGUUCGAGGGCAUCUUGGUGUUCUACAGCCAGGAGAUCCGGGACAUGUUCCACCUGCGUCUCUUCGUGGACACCGACUCGGACGUCCGGCUGUCGAGAAGAGUGCUUCGGGACGUGCAGCGGGGCCGCGACCUGGAGCAGAUCCUGACGCAGUACACGACCUUCGUCAAGCCGGCCUUCGAGGAGUUCUGCCUGCCGACUAAGAAGUAUGCCGACGUGAUCAUUCCUCGGGGGGUGGACAACAUGGUCGCCAUCAACCUGAUCGUGCAGCACAUCCAGGACAUCCUGAACGGGGACGUGUGCAAGCGGCACCGAGGAGGGGCCAACGGGCGCAACUUCAAGAGGACCUUCCCCGAGCCGGGGGAGCACCCCGGGGUGCUGGCCUCCGGCAAGCGCUCGCACCUGGAGUCCAGCAGCCGGCCCCACUGAGGGGCCCAGGUGCGGCUCGGCGGCCCGGCGGGGUCAGGGGCGGCCCGGGGCCUGGGCCACUCCUCAACAGGCAGCU